AUGGCCUUUAACAACGCUCAGCUUCGACCUAUCGUGGUCUUCAAAAAUCAAGGCUUUCGCAAUGCCAUUGUCCACUCAAGGUAUCUUCGCUGUUUUCGUGAUAGACCUAUCUAUCCCUCAUUCACUAUCUCUCCUUCAGCCUUCACCAAAUAUGACAUGGAUAUUCCCUCCCUAAUUGCUGGAUUGGGGUGGGAGUCAUUAACUGAGGAUCAACGUUUUCUCCAUUGUCCUGAAGCAGUAAGACUAUUCUACGUGAAUAUUCGUCGUGAUCGUGGACCUGAGCCAAAUUCCUUCACAACUAUGGUUUAUGACCAUGAAAUUACAGUCACUCCUGCCUUGCUUGCAUCGGUCCUCUCACUUCCUCACUCAGGGAUCCAUGCCAGUUAUGAGAGUGAUUUCGUUGCCCACGGGUUCGAUUUCUGUGCUGCUCAUGAUCACCUGACCAGGGACAUUGGCAAGGCCUUCCCCAAUAGACGCUCAGCUGGUCGACUUCCUGACGACCUAAAAGUCCUUCAUUUCUUCAUCACUCGAUGCUUCCUUCCCAGAGAGGUUGACAGUGCUGGUCUUCUCCACUCUGACGAUCUCUGGAUUCUGAGCAAUGCUCGUGCGCAUCAACCCAUCAGUUUUGCAUCCUUGAUGUUCGCUCACAUUCUCAAGUUUGGUGGUGGAGGUUACAAUGGUGCUCUACCCUUUGGACCCCUCAUCACUCGUUACUUGCACCGCCUCGGCAUAGAUCUCCGGGAUAAGGUGGCUGUUUGCAACGUCCAUGAUAACUUGCGCCCCAAUCAUGUCCUUGUCCGCCUUGAUGCUGAUGUGGGCCGUCGUAAGCUCGUCACUAGCUCAGGGGGAGAAGUAACCUGCUGCUCAGCCUUUUCUUAUGCCGAUCCUCUCUCUGACAGGCUGCUUCCAGCCUUAACUCAAGCUGCAGCUUCAUCCAUAGAUAAGGAAGUCAGGCGUCGAAAACAAGCUGGCAGUGGAAAGACUACAAACCUGCUGGUCUGCAAAGAGCGACUAGAGCUAAUGGAUUUUGAUGAGGCAAAGCCUGCUCCGGAUGAUUUUGAUCCAAUCUCAUCUGACUCCAGCUUUGAAGAGGAGAUCUCAUACUAUGAGUCACCUCCUGGUUAUCGCUUCUAG